AGGAUGAGGACUACAACCUGCUCACUUCUCAUCAUCAUCUCCCUUCUUCAACUGAUGAUUCUAGGGAAUACUGAAGAGACUUUAGACUCCAUCAUGAAGAAGCUCAAGGAAGCUCUCUGUCACCUAGAGCCUCCUCGCUCCACUGUGACUAAGAGUGUCUCCUGCACUACUAUCAAAGCUGUGGGAAAACUGGCUUCCUGUCCACCUAGUGGGAUGAUUGCUACUGGUUGUUCUUGUGGCUUUGCUUGUGGAUCAUGGAACGUCCAGAAUGAAAACAUUUGCCACUGCCUGUGUCUAUUCAUAGACUGGACUGUUGCCCGCUGUUGUGAACUGAGGAAAUGAG